ACUGGAAGUAACCGAGAUCAAACUGGUCGUUCAAAUCGUUGAUACAUACGUGCGCUGCGUUUAAAAGCUAGGCAUUUAUUCUCGCGUCCGUAUCAGCUACAUUUUGCGAUUUCACUGUGUUUUUCUUUCAUCAUGAAGCCCCUCAUUCGGCUCUGGAAUACUGUAUGGUCGAUAGAUUGAAAAUCGAUUGCAACGCAUCGGAUAUUUGGAUAUUAAUCUCGCGUUCGGCAGAGAAACGAUGCAUUAUGAUUCAUGGUCAUCUAAUAACUGGAACAGGACCUCACAGUGUUCGGGCAUGAAGAAAUCGGACGGCGUGGAUUAGACUAUUGGGAAUAUAACACUUUGAUUUCUCUCAUCUCAAUGUUGGGCUCCAGAGGACCUCUGCCUUUGUGCUCUGAAAUGAAAUAAUGGCGACACGUUGGACCGCAUCGUCACAACACGAUGAGAAGAAACAUCCAGCCGUGUCGUCAGUUUGUGAGGCCAAACACAAGGAUGGUUGUGAGCGCAGUGAGGCAUCAGCUCUGUCUCCUGCCGCUGAAGAGGAGCCCUUCUCAUGGCCAGGCCCUAAAACUUUACACCUCCGCCGCACCUCUCACGGCUUCGGCUUCACGCUCCGUCACUUCAUCGUUUAUCCACCAGAGUCAGCCGUGCAGUCCUCUCUCAAGGAUGAAGACAAUAUCAGCAGAGGGAGGCAGCGGAACAGACUGGAGCCGAUGGACACCAUCUUUGUCAAGCAGGUGAAAGAUGGCGGCCCUGCGCAUGGAGCUGGACUCUGCACAGGGGAUCGCAUUGUGAAAGUCAACGGAGAAAGCAUUAUUGGAAAGACAUAUUCCCAAGUAAUUGCCCUCAUCCAGAACAGUGACACGUCUCUGGAGCUCUGCGUGAUGCCAAAAGAUGAAGACAUUUUACAGCUGUUCUCCAGGGAUAUCACUGCUCUGGCCUAUUCUCAAGAUGCAUACCUCAAAGGAAAUGAGGCAUACAGUGGAAAUGCCCAGAACAUACCCGAGCCACCCCCAAUAUGUUACCCACGGAUAGAGCCCAAUGUCUUGGCCAUGGCACAAGUGUCAGAGCCCUCACGCUCUGCCGAGACAUCAUGUGGAGCCAGCUGCCACAUCGAUAUCCCUUUAUCCUCCACUAUCCUAUCCCAAACCUCUCAGGUUCCCAAAACACAAACUGUUGUUCGUGUGUUUAACGAGAAUGUUAGGACAAUAGUAGCAUCACAAGAAUCUACAGACCGAACUUCACAUGUGACCUGGGCUGGUCCCAGCCACAGGACAGAGGACAACCAGAAUGCCUCUUCAACAGACCCAAGCUUAAACAGGUCUAAACCCCAUGUCACUUCAUCUCCAACUGGGACAGCACAAUUACAACAGAAACCCAAUAGAACUGCAGAGCCCACUGGGUUUCCUGACAAUACCCCCAAAACUGCACAGACUUGCUUAGACACAAAGCUUGUACCUUCUAAAAGACAUACCUUGACAACAACUGCAGAAACCUUCCCAUCAGCCAGCUCUCCAUCCCCUUACACACCCUCUCCUCCACCAGCCACUCCCUCGCCCUGCUCCCCACAUCAGAACAUUGAUUGGAGGAACUAUACCACCUACAAGGACUACAUUGAUAACAAACGACUCUACAUGUAUGGCUCCCGGACUAUUCAGGAACGUCUGGACAGUCUGAGAGCUGCAUCCCCAACAGGUACAGGUGAAUACAGCAAGCAGAAGAGUGCAUCAACAACAGCCACCCCCUCACGAGGCUUUUCUGGAUCACAGCUAAGACAGAGAAGCGCCUCACAUGAUCGGAGUUAUCAGGUAUCCAGUGUGCUGCCACUGCGUAGUGCAUCUCAGGAGAGGCUUGGUGGUGCAGAAUGUACUGCUCUAGCACGGAAUUGGCCUCGGAGUGCUUCCCAGGAUGCCCUCCCAUCAACUCCCACAGGUAUCCCAAAACCAAGAGCGUAUUCAUGUGAUUACCUGGGUAGGCAGAGUGACAAUGCAACAUCCAUGGUGGACGAGAAAGCAUGCUGCAGAACUGACACAGAAGAGUGGUUACUUGUGCACAAAGGGGAUGAGGCAAGAGCAAGCAGGCAGUCUUCUUCCUUGCGCAUGGUGCCUCACAGGACACAGGAUUUAUUUAGUCCAGAGAAACGAGGGGGAAGUUACCCAGGUUUGCCCAUCACCCCUCUAUUCAAUAGAGGUACGGAUUCAUUGCUUAACUCCAGAGCUGAAAGCCUAGGUAACAACUGUGCACCUUCUGUAAACAGAUCCUCACUCCUUCCUGCGAAAAAUUACGUCUCAGACCCUUCCACUGCUGCUGCUUCUUAUGUAGCUUCUGCCCUGGCUUCAAUACAAGGACACCUCAGCUCCAACACAGGCCUUGUCAAAGACCAAAGAGCACCUCUCAUUGCCAACCACAAUGCAAAGCAGUUACAGCCCAGAGGGCGGGCUGACAGCCUUCAGGAACCUGUCCGAGAGGUAGUCCGCCCAGGUCGCUCUUCUUCUUGUUCUGCUGCUUCUAAACUCCAUAGGUCAAAGCAGGGUGGAUGCAAGCCCAUAUUGACCAGUAACGGAACAGUUCAUCAGCAGCCUAGUUGCACAGAGCCCCAAGCCAAUGAGAAGGCAGUGGAGGGGAUUGAGGGUCCAGAUGCCACUGUAGUUGUGGUUCGAAGGGAAAAGUCUGGUUCUCAACCUAUCCGUCCCCAUUCCUACAUUCUGGCAGUGAACGAGACACAGGGAGGAGCUGAAAGACCCCUGAACUCUAAUGCAUGCUGGUUGCAGAACGAUACCCGGCGGGAAAUGCACAUGAGAAAAGUUGGAGACCAGUGUAAGAUCUCCGUCUCAAGCAACCUUGAUGACUCUCUGGACUCCAUUCCCUUCAUUGACGAGCCGUCAAGCUCCAGUAAUGACCAUGACACCACACACAUUCCUGCGUCUGCCGUGAUUUCCAGCACACCUGUCAUCACCACCAUCCCACCCAGUCCGACGUCCCCUACUCCUGUCAUACGCCGACAGCUGUCCCAUGACCAGGAUUCCUUACGACUCACUAUUCUGGAAUCAGAUUCGAGAACAGAACGCUCCAGAUCCUUCGAUGAGGGCUUGGAUAACUACAGAGAAGAGCGGAGAGGACGGUCGAUUAAACACACCCAUGGAUUCAAGGGCCUUAGAAAGGCUGUUGACCGCUGCUCUGAGGACUCGGGCUCUAGGAGAGACUCUACUUCAGAUGUCUUCACUGAUGCCACCAAGGAGGGUUCACUUUAUUUCCGGCAGCUUAACUCAGAAAAGAGCAAGCGUGUCGGCAGUAGCAUGCGCUCAUGGAAGCAGAUCUACGCUGUGCUCCGUGGCCACUGUCUCUACCUGUAUAAAGACAAGAGAGACGGACAAACCAAUGCCAACUCUCAGAUGGAAGAUGAGCCGCUGCCAAUCAGCAUCAAAGCCUGCCUGAUUGACAUCUCCUACAGUGACACAAAGAGAAAGAACGUCCUUCGGCUGACGACAUCAGACUGUGAAUAUCUCUUCCAAGCGGAAGAUCGAGAGGAGAUGCUGUCCUGGAUCAGAGUCAUUCAAGAAAACAGCAACUUGGAUGAAGAGAAUGCAACUGUUACAAGCACAGACCUUAUCAACCGGAAAAUAAAGGAGUACAACACUCUGAUGAGUCCACCCAGCAGUAAGACAGAACCUUCACCCAAGGCAUCCCGUCAGUCACUGAGCAUCAGGCAGACAUUACUGGGAGGUAAAGGAGAGAAUAAAGCGACAAGCCCUCACUCACCAAACAAGGAACAUGACAGGAAAGCCAUGCAUAAAGAUGAAACCAGCCCACCCAAGGAUAAGGGUACAUGGAGGAAGGGCAUCCCUGGACUGAUGAGAAAGCCAUUUGAGAAGAAACCGUCUCCUGGAGUCACUUUUGGAGUAAGACUAGACGACUGUCCUCCGGCUCAGAACAACAGAUUUGUUCCUCUGAUAGUUGAAGUGUGCUGUAACCUGGUGGAAGAACGCGGACUGGAAUACACGGGUAUCUACAGAGUGCCAGGAAACAACGCUGCCAUCUCCAUCAUGCAGGAAGAGCUCAAUAACAAGGGAAUGGCUGACAUUGAUAUUCAGGAUGAUAAAUGGAAGGACUUGAAUGUGAUCAGCAGUUUACUCAAAUCUUUCUUCAGGAAACUUCCUGAACCGCUUUUCACUAACGAAAGAUAUGCAGACUUCAUUGAUGGCAACAGAAUAGAGGAUCCCGUAGAGAGACUCAAAGUGCUGAAGAGAUUGCUUCACGAGUUGCCUGAUCAUCAUUAUGAAACGCUGAAGUUCCUCUCGGCACAUCUCAAAACUGUGGCUGAAAAUUCGGAAAAGAACAAGAUGGAGCCACGGAAUCUGGCCAUUGUGUUCGGGCCGACGCUGGUGAGAACAUCUGAAGACAACAUGACUCACAUGGUCACACACAUGCCAGACCAGUACAAGAUUGUCGAAACGCUCAUUCAGCAUUAUGACUGGUUCUUCACUGAGGAGGGUGACAACGAGCCUACGACUACAGUCCAAGAGGAAAGUGCUGUGGAGUCCCAGCCUGUGCCUAAUAUUGACCACCUGCUGACCAACAUUGGCCGGACAGGAACCUCUCCUGGGGAAGUGUCAGAUUCACCAACAAGUGACUCUGCUAAAUCUAAGGGCUCCUGGGGAUCAGGGAAGGACCACUGCAGUCGCGAGUUCCUUCAGCCUCGAGUCUCCUCCAUCUUUGCUGUGGCCAACCGCAAACGAAAAAAGCACAAGGAGAAGCUUCAACCCAGCAGCUCUGAUGAUGACCUUGAUACCUUGUUCACCAAGAACAAUAAUGCCACUCAGAAGCAGAACCACCAAAGCCAGGAGGAGGAGGAGGCAGGCAGGUCUAGCUCUUGUGGAAAAUCACUUGUGGGAGACAAGAAUGGCAUAAGUGCAGAGUCCACCCCAAAGAGCAAGAAAGAGCACAGGAACUCUUUCUUCAUGAAAGACAAAUCUUCUUCAGCUCUCUCCCCUUCACCCAAGCUCUCAUGUUCACCCGGGUUCAAUCGACGCAAAUCUGGUCCUCCCAAAUUCUCCAUCUCAGAUCCAUCCUCACAGGUAGAUGAGACCACGUCAGAUUUGGGCACCAUGAGCUCUGGAGCUUCCGUCCCAAGAACCAGACCUCGGAAAUGGGGAACAACAACACCUCCAAGCGUUGAUCUACUAGCAGCUCAUGGUGGGGCUUCGGUGACUGCAGAGGUCAGCUCCAUUACGUCAGACUACUCAACCACGUCCUCUACCACCUUCCUUACAGGAAUGGAAUCAAUCACAUUGAGCCCAGAAGUCCAGUCUGUGACGGAAAGCCGGGGAGGAGAUGAGGCAGAUGACGAGCGCAGUGAGCUCAUCAGUGAGGGAAGACCAAUGGAAACAGACAGCGAGAGUGACUUCCCAAUAUUUAGCCCUGCAAUAGCUAGGCAAGAGAUGCCAAACACAGAAGAUGGUAGCAACACCACACCAAAACUAGCUUGCCGCAUGCUGCCUUCCCAUAAGCUGAUUGAAUGUGACUCCCUGAGCAGGAGGCGCUCCCUACGACAAAAGACGGACAGCGAUUCAUCGGUGGAGGCAGGAGCUGGUGGUGGCAAUCAAGGGGUCAGCAAGAAUGAAUCAAAUAGACUGUCUCGAGUUCUGGAGGUGAUGAAGAGAGGCCGCUCCACUAGCAGUCUGAGUGCCCCAUCACGGAGUGAAUCAGACCAGGUUGAGCCUCCAUGGCACCUUAAAAUCACAGAGAGGCUCAAGUUCCGUCUACGUGGCUCUGCUGAUGACAUGUUUGGUGUGGGCACACAAAAAACUCGCUCUACAGAGACUCGUGGUAAGAAAAAGGGCAUCCGGCGACGACAUACUAUGGGUGGGCAAAGGGAUUUUGCUGAACUAGAUGUCAUUCAUGAUUGGAGAGAACAGGGUGGGGUGGACCAAGGUGCUGAACUGCCUGCUGUAGAGCACCUUAGACCCAAGGGUGACUCUCAAAACAUGUCUAUUAGGGACUGGAUUGUUAGUGAGCAUCGUCGAAGGGGUUCGCAGGCUAGCACAGAACUAGAAGCUGGGAAAGAGACAAUAGAAAUGGAAAAUACCCAUCAGAUGAAUCCUGAGCAACUGAGUUCUUCAGCCUCUUUAUGUACUCAGUCCAGCUCUGAACAAGUAAAUGGAGGCGCAAAGGGCAAAUCUAGAAACAGCUUGAAUUCUGGAGCUGAUGCUCAUCCACAAAAACUGUCAGGAGCCCAAGUGGUGCGCUCACGAUUCUACCAGUAUCUUUAAAAGAAAAUUAUCAUCUGUGUGUAAGUGCUUCAAAAUGUGUGCGUGUGUAGGCCUGUUCAAACCAAGAUGCAUGUUUGGUAUGAAAAGUUGUCCAAACCAAUAAGAAAUGUUAACACAUUCGAUCAGACUGGUGGGAACAUUCACAUGCCUUCAAUGCAACUCUAUGUUUAACAUGGGAUCAUAAUUUCUUUCCCAUCAUGUUACAAAGUAACUUGCCUGACCAAAUGCGAUUUUGGCCACAUGGUGGUGCUCACAAAGACACUCUAUUGCUAAACAACAGUGACAGUAGCAAGGCAUGAAUACAAAAUCAAGUCUCUGUUUGUAUAUUUGGUGUCAUUUGAUAAGGACUAUAGUCAAUACCUCUUUGUCAUUUUUACUUGUUGUCUUUAAUCCUUAGAGGAUAUUUUUGGACAAAAUCAUUUAGUUCAGAUUUUUUUAUUGUUUCUUUAAUCUGACCAGUUUAAGACUUGGCUAGUAUUUGUAAGUUUGCCAUCUAAACACAAAAAAAGUACUUGAGUCAAGUUAAAUGGUUAAAAAAAAACUCCUUAAUGUUCCCCCUUGCCCAAAAAUAGACACCUAUAGGAAAAGAAUGGGAAAUACCAAAAUCCUUAGCAUUAUUUUUAUUUUAAUUUGUUUAAUAAUAAUAAAAAAAAUGCAGUGAGUUUUUUUUUUUAUUUAAUUGUCUUUUUGCCGAAGUACAAGAAAUAUCACCUAUAACAUAAAACAUAAGUAUAUUUUUACAUAAACAUCCAAUUUGUGCAAAACCAAUUUAUUUAUUUUUUUUAAUAAUUAUUUUUUUUAUCUGAGUUGUUGAAGACUUUUAUAAUUGAAUGUUUUAUAUUUUAACUGAAUACCUUUUUAAAUACUUUUUUAUAAGUUUAAUUAUUAUAAUGGGAAAUACUAACAUUAAAAACAUUAAAUAAAUUAACCAAUUAAUUAAAUUGAUAGAUUUUAUUUGAUCAAAGCAGUGAUAUGUCAUUUGUUUACAACAAAAAAAAUUGUAUCACACUGCCUAAAUAUGUCCAGUGGUUCAAUUAAGGGCUUAAAUACAAAAUAAUCUUGAGGAUUAAAGACAAUUCGCUAAAAUGCUAAUGCUAAAAUCACAAUGAAUUGUGCCGAGCGUGCAUGUUGGUGUGUACAGGCCUUAAAAAUGAAUGAAUGGAUGUCUAAGAACUAAGGUUGCUCCAACUUUAUUUUUUGCCCCGUCCUUUUUUAAGCAAAGCAUCUAUAAAUAUGAAUAUAUAUUAUAAAUAUAAAUUGUAUAUAUCAAUAUGUAUAGGCUUAUAAAAAAGUAACUGGAGUGAUUUUAACAUUUUGGAUCAGUACUGGAGCUCUUUUCUUGAAUAUUUGUAAUAUAUGCAUGGCAGUGAAGUGGCCUGAUAUUCGGAGGCUGUACAAUACCAAUGUUUACUGAUUGCCUCUGCUGCUGCGACAGCACAAUUUCGUCUCUGACCUGGGCAGACAUGCAUUUCUGAAACUGUUACUGAAGGAAACUUAUAUCAAAGGAAGAGACAAGGCAUAUUGUCCAAGGUUGGGACACACACACACAAAAGAAAACUCCUGAUGUUUCUAAUAUGAAGAAUGUAAUACGCUUGCUGUUUUAUUGACUAACACAUACAUUGCUUUGUUGCAGUUUUCAUUAGUGAAAAAACAUUAUGUAACAUUAUGUAAAUAAUGUCUGUACUUGAAGUUUUUUUUUUUUAAUUCUGAAGGUUAGCCCUGAUAUGGGCUGUUUUCUGAGCUGUGUGCUGUGGAAAUCCCUUUUCACAGUGCAUCAUAACAGCCAGACAUAAAUGUGGAAGAAGAAUUAAAUCUUUUUAUAUUUCUAAAGGAUUGUGAAAGUAUGUGCUAAACUGAAAGCACCAGAGCCUAAACAUCUGUAGCAGUAUCAUACUUACUGGUAUUGCAAUACUGUUCCAUUUGAAUUCAAACUAACAGCCAACGAGUCGUGAAAUCACAAGGAAUUCUGUUACCUUACACACACAAACAAGUGCCUCUCAACCGGUUCUGGUGACAGGGAAGGUGCCAUUUCUUAAUGUCGUUGUUUGUUAACAUGGAAUGUGUAUUGUGAAUGAAUGACUGAAUUUUAUCAGAAAAAAAAAGAAAAUAAAUUUUUAUACAAAACGAUGCAAAAGCAGACCCAGAGCUUCAACUGCUUCAUCAGUUAUAGUCUUAAUUCAUCUCGUGCUUUGCCACUGGAUAGUCUUUUCUUGAGGCGGUAACGUAAAAAUGUGUAUAUUUUUGUGCGUGUUACCUUUGUCAAAAAGUCCAAUAUAUUUUGUCCAGUGUAGUAAACAGCAUGUGAUUCCUGGGAAGAGUAUGCAUGAUGUCAUACUUCUGUGUGCAGAUUUCAUGUGUGACUCCACUCUGCAAGGAAAAAAGAAAGACAGACAGACAGAAAAACCAACACUGGAAAUAAAUGAUCUCUGUCAGCCUCU